GCGUUCACCCCCAUUCAGCCAAGGAAUGGGACAACAAAUCAGAAGAUACAUUAGCUGGCCUUGUAUGUCACCCCCAAUGUGUAGCAGUGGGCGAAUGUGGACUUCAAUAGGAACUUUUCAACACCUGAACAACAAAUACAUGCAUUUAAACAACAGAUACUUCUUGCAAAAAAGACAGACAAGCCAAUGUUCUGUCAUGAGAGGGAUGCAUUUGAUAGCAUGGUUGAAUUGUCCACACCACACCUUGGCCAGUUACCCCCUGUGGUCAUACACUGUUUCACAGGUAAAGCUCACCAGGCUGAGAAGUACUUACAGAUGGGUUUCUACAUUGGUUUAACAGGGUACUUAUGGAAAGACAAACGUUCUGAUGGUGUAAGACACAGACUCCAAAGAGAGAAACUACGUCUUUACCGACUUCUGUUAGAAACCGAUGGCCCAUUUAUGUUUCCAAACAUACAAGCAAAGAAACACCAUGCAUCUGUGAUCGAAUCUCUAACUCAGGAAUCCUGUGAUAUUUUGAAGAAGUACAGCAAUUUCCAAAGAACUGAGCCAUCAGCUAUGUGUAUUAUUAAUGAACUGGUGGCUGCUUUCAUAGGGAAAGAACCCAAGGAAGUUGCAGAUAAAGCUUUUCAAAAUGCAGUUAACAUAUUUAAUUUAAGAUGACAUUGAACGAUUAAAGCGAGUGAAGGAAAAACAACCAAAUUUACAUCUAAUGAUAAUCUUAAAAAAACUUUCUUAACAGUGCCUUUUUUCCAACAAAGUACUUUUUCUUAAACACUGCAUUUUAUCCCUGGAUUUUAUCUCGACAUCUGCUU